CCAGAAGCUGGAGAGAGAGGCUCGAAUCUGCCGUCUUCUGAAGCAUUCCAACAUCGUGCGUCUCCACGACAGCAUCUCCGAGGAAGGCUUCCACUACCUGGUCUUCGAUCUGGUCACCGGUGGGGAGCUCUUUGAGGACAUCGUGGCGAGAGAGUAUUACAGUGAGGCAGACGCCAGUCACUGCAUCCAGCAGAUCCUGGAGGCGGUUCUCCAUUGCCACCAAAUGGGGGUUGUCCACAGGGACCUCAAGCCCGAGAACCUGCUCCUGGCCAGCAAGUGCAAGGGGGCCGCAGUGAAGCUGGCAGACUUCGGCCUGGCUAUCGAGGUGCAGGGGGACCAGCAGGCGUGGUUUGGGUUCGCUGGCACGCCAGGCUACCUGUCCCCAGAGGUGCUGCGCAAGGAGGCGUACGGCAAGCCGGUGGACAUCUGGGCAUGCGGGGUGAUCCUGUACAUCCUGCUCGUGGGCUACCCGCCCUUCUGGGACGAAGACCAGCACAAGCUGUACCAGCAGAUCAAGGCCGGGGCCUACGACUUCCCGUCCCCGGAGUGGGACACGGUCACUCCUGAAGCCAAAAACCUCAUCAACCAGAUGUUGACCAUCAACCCUGCCAAGCGCAUCACGGCGCACGAGGCGCUGAAGCACCCGUGGGUCUGCCAACGCUCCACUGUGGCCUCCAUGAUGCACAGGCAGGAGACCGUGGAGUGCCUGAAAAAGUUCAAUGCCCGGCGGAAGCUCAAGGGCGCGAUCCUCACCACCAUGCUGGCUACGCGGAAUUUCUCAGUGGGCAGACAGACCACCGCUCCAGCCACAAUGUCCACCGCGGCCUCCGGCACCACCAUGGGGCUGGUGGAACAAGCAGCCAAGAGUUUACUCAACAAGAAAGCAGACGGAGUCAAGCCCCAGACGAAUAGCACCAAAAACAGUGCAGCUGCCACCAGCCCCAAGGGGACGCUUCCUCCAGCUGCCCUGGAACCUCAAACCACCGUCAUUCAUAACCCAGUGGACGGGAUCAAGGAGUCAUCUGACAGCACCCACACCACCAUAGAGGACGAAGACACAAAAGCGCGGAAGCAGGAGAUCAUCAAGAUCACGGAGCAGCUCAUCGAGGCCGUCAACAACGGUGACUUUGAGGCCUAUGCGAAAAUCUGCGACCCAGGCCUGACCUCGUUUGAGCCCGAAGCCCUGGGCAACCUGGUUGAAGGGAUGGACUUCCACAGAUUCUACUUCGAGAACUUGCUCGCCAAGAACAGCAAGCCGAUCCACACAACGAUCCUGAACCCGCACGUGCACGUCAUCGGCGAGGACGCCGCGUGCAUCGCCUACAUCCGCCUCACGCAGUACGUCGACGGGCAGGGCCGGCCCCGCACCAGCCAGUCCGAGGAGACCCGCGUGUGGCACCGCCGAGAUGGCAAGUGGCAGAACGUGCACUUCCACUGCUCGGGGGCGCCCGUGGCCCCGCUGCAGUGAAGAGCUGCUGCGGCUGGUUUCACGGGACAGACUCGGUGUUUGGAGCCCAGCUGCCCUCGGGCGCACGGCCUGCCUGUCGCAUGUUUGUGUCUGCCUCAUUCCUCCCCUGGUGCCUGUGUCUGCAGAAAACCAAGACCAGAUGUGAUUUCUUUUUAAAAACAAGACGACAACCGCACACACAAAAUUGAUGUCGGAUGAAACGGAAAAAAAACGAAACAAGGGAAAAAGCUGUAAAAAGCCCUGGCGUUUGUGGGGCUUCGAACCUUCUGGCCGCUCCCCUCCCAAGCUCCACGUGUCCGUCUGCUCCUGGCCUCCUCUGGGGACCAGACGGGGCAGUGAACUUGUCCGUAGGGGCCUGCCACCCAAGGAACGGUGUUUGCUAGGUGGCGCCCACCCCCACGCGUCUGCAUCCUCCCUGCUGCGCAUGGCUCCUUGUCAGGAGUGUCAGGUGUCGUCUGGGAGGGGCUGGGGGGGGGCUGAGCAUGGCUGUCCUCCCUCCUGCUUCCCUUCCCUCCUCUCCUCCCCGAGGAGGUGCAGGUGCGAGCUCCCGGUGUCCCUGGCAUGGGUGAGCAGUGCAGAGGCUGGGCCAGCCCCUCGGGAGGAUGCAGAGCCCUCGGAGAAGGCCCCGCGGGCCCAGGGCUCCAGCUCUGGCCCUGUUGGGGCCAGGGAGGUGCACUGGGUCGGGCAGAGGAUGCAGGGGGGUCACCCCUUACUUUCAGACCUCACGCCUGGCAAGAGACAUGCCGAGAGGACGCUGCUGGCUGCGGCCCAGUGUGCAGGGGACCCCGGGGCUGGCCUCCCUUCUGUUCAGGCACCUCUCCCUCUUUGCCCCCUCCCCCCUCCCCCCGUGUGGGUGUGGGGCAGGAAGGAGAGAGGGGUCAGAGGCGGGUGGGUGCCUUCGGCUCCCAGGCCGAGGCAGAGUCCAGGCAGGUGUUUGCUGAAGGAAGCUGCGCUUUCGGAGUCUGGGCCCAGGGCAGCAGGGAGCGGAGGGCCGCACGGGGCUGCGUGUGACAGGGACCCCCGGGGUUGGGAGAAGGCGGGCUGGGCUCACCUGGGGUCCCCCUGUGUGCUGGCGGGCACUGUGGCGAGCCUCCAGGAUGGGCCACGUGGCCAGGGGGCGGCAAAGAGAGCCAAGGGCCGUCAUCUGGGUGUGCGAGUGGGUCUGAGCUGGCCCGCCGGGCCGCGGUUGGGGGGGUGCAGGGGCCGUGAUCGCAGAGGUGCAGGACCCCCUGCCCCAGUACCUGCCCUCUUCAACUCAUGUUGUUUUCAACACGGAUUUUCUUUAUCUUCCCCCGCAAUCAAGCCAAGGGAGGGGCCCGGAGUGGGGAACAGGACACAGGAUGCUGGUCUCCAAGGGGACUGUCCAUCGACAGACACUCUGAGUGGACGCUCACCUGCCCGUCCGUGGCUGUGCUCAGGACAGCUGUCCCCACCCAUGGAUGUGGGGUAAACAUCUGCCAGGCUCCCUGGGCCUCGGGCAGCGGCAGGGCCCGCCGUGGACAGUGUGUGGCCCGGCCAACCUUGCCUCCUGGGGCCUCCUCCCCUCCUCUCCCCCUUCUCUCCAUGGAGCUGCCUGUCUGGGAUAAUUUGGGGAUUUUGUUUCUGGGGGAUAGUUCUUUUGCAUGACCCCUCAUGAGCAAGCCACACCCGCUCUUCUAGCUAGAUGUCCGCGGUGUGGCAACGUCGGCCAGCCCGCCCUGCAGAGGGUCGGCUGCCUGCGGUGCUGGCCGGCCUUUCCUCUUCUCUCUUUUUGCUGAGUUUCAUUGUCUUUUCUUUCUGAGCCUUGUAAGUGUACAAAAUUAUUAUUUUGUUCUGUCUCGGGAAACUGCAAAUAAAAGGAAAACAGGACAAACUG